UACAAGAGCUGUUGAUGUUCAGCGAAGAGAUGGUGCUAUGCCAGCUCUUCGUACAACCCGAGGCCGCAUAUGUCUCCAUGUACGAGCUAGGGGAGGCCGGCAUCGCGCAGUUUAGAGACCUGAACCCCCACGUAAAUGACUUCCAACGUCGCUACGUCACUGAAGUAAGGCGUUGCAGUGAAAUGGAACGUAAGCUGCGAUGGGUCGGCUCCCAGUUACCGGAACCCCCUCCACCACCCAAACCGGGGCCUAGGAACUUGACUCCAAGGGAAAUCAACAUUCUUGAGGAAAGAAUCGACUACAUCGAAUCAGAAAUCCAAGAGAUCACCCGCAACGCCCAAAACCUAAAAACCGACUACCUAUCCCUCAUCGAGCUAAAAAUACUCAUCGAGAAAAUGCAGACCUUCUUCCAAGAUCACAGCGCCCAGAGGAAGAUUUCAGCGUCAGUCCAGAUAUAUAAUGGAGAGGGGGUGUUGGCACAUCUCGGGUUUAUUGCGGGGGUGGUCGCGACUCACAGAGUGCACUCGUUUGAGAGGAUGUUAUGGAGGAUCUCGCAUGGAAAUAUUUUCUUUAAGCAAGCACAUAUUGAGCAGCCGCUCAGGGAUCAAGUGACGGGUCACGAGCUCCAAAAGACAGUGUUCGUGGUGUUCUUCCACGGCGAGCAGAUCAAGCUCCGAGUGAAGAAGGUCUGCCACGGCUUCCAAGCGACACUCUACCCUUGUCCUGCCACGUACAAGGAACAACUGGACAUGCUGGCUGGAGUGGCCACUAGGAUACAGGAUCUGGACUUGGUGCUCCAACAAACAGAAAACCACCGCCGUCUCGUCCUCCAGAACAUCGCGCGUGACAUCAGUACAUGGAUGGUAGCAGUCCGCAAGGAGAAGGCCAUAUAUCACACGCUCAACAUGUUCAGUAUGGAUAUUGUCAAGAAGUGCCUUAUAGCGGAGUGCUGGGUGCCAAGGAGAGAUCUUGGUACGCUGCAGAAAGCUCUUGAUGAUGGAGUGAGAGCCACAGGCAGCCUUAUCCCCUCAAUCAUGCACCACGUGCCUACGCUGGAGGUGCCGCCCACUUACAACCGCACCAACAAGUUCACUGCCGGCUUCCAGACCCUCAUUGAUUCCUAUGGAAUUGCGAGCUACAGGGAAGUCAACCCAGCACUAUACACGAUCAUAACAUUCCCUUUUCUCUUCGCCGUAAUGUUCGGCGACUUCGGCCACGGAAUCAUCAUGACCGCCUUUUCCGCUACCCUCGUCAUCAUGGAAAAGCGGUUCCUCAAAGUCAAGAGUGACAAUGAAAUCUGGAACAUCUUCUUCGCCGGCCGCUACAUCAUCCUCCUAAUGGGGAUAUUCUCCAUGUACACUGGUUUAAUAUACAACGAUAUGUUCUCUAAGAGUUUAAAUAUCUUUGGGAGUAGUUGGAUAAAUUUGUAUGAUGCAGAGAUGCUGAAUUCGACUCAUGCGUUUAAUUUGGAGCCGGCGGAAGCGUAUGUGCAAGUGCCGUAUCCAUUUGGGUUGGAUCCAGUGUGGCAAUUUGCAGAGAAUAACAUAAUAUUCCUAAACUCAUUCAAGAUGAAACUAUCAAUAAUAUUUGGAGUGAUUCAUAUGGCGUUCGGUGUAACAAUGAGUGUGGUAAACUUCAACUUCCUGAGAAAGCAGCAGAUGAUAUACUUGCAGUACAUACCGCAAAUAUUAUUCUUGUUGCUGCUGUUUUGGUAUCUUUGUAUACUGAUGUUUAUGAAGUGGGUGAUGUAUUCGGCUAUUGCGCCAGACCCCGCAUACAACACGCAUUGCGCGCCCUCAGUCCUCAUCCUCUUCAUCAACAUGAUGCUCAUGACUGAGACGGUGGCCAAGCCGCCGUGUAAAGCCUACAUAUUCCCCGGGCAGGGCGCGCUGCAGUCCACGUUCAUUGCUAUUGCGCUGCUGUGUGUGCCUGUCAUGUUGUUCGGGAAGCCGAUAUACCAUAUCAUGGCGGAGAGAAAACGAAGGAAAUACCAGCAAGGCGUGGAAAGCGGUGAAGCCACGGAGAAGGACCUCCACGACGGAGGCAUGGGCGAGAUGCUGAUCACGCAGGCCAUACACACUAUCGAGUAUGUGCUGGGCACCGUCUCCCACACGGCCUCGUAUUUGCGGCUGUGGGCGCUCUCACUCGCGCAUGCACAGCUCUCAGCAGUCUUGUGGCAGCGAGUGCUAGUAAACGGGCUGGGAAGCUUCCCCGUGAAGGGCGUCAUCAUGUACUUCGUGUUCGCCAUAUGGGCGUUCUUCACGCUCGCCAUCCUAGUUCUCAUGGAGGGGCUAUCGGCGUUCCUACACACGCUCCGGUUGCAUUGGGUCGAGUUCAUGAGUAAGUUCUACGAAGGGCAGGGCUACCCAUUCAUGCCGUUCUCCUUCUCCGCCAUCUUGGAGAACGAAGACGACGAGAUGGGCCAGGCGUCCAGCGCGCCGCCGGAGUCCCCCGUCAGCCAUUAGAAGCCCAGGGCUUGUAAGUCACCGGUCAGCUCAACUGGAGAUAUGUGAAAUGCAGAGGACUACAGAAUUAAAUACUACGUUCCUACUAAAUAUACCUCGGAGUUUUGGGUGCGAUAAUGAUUUCGUGCAGGUACGAGUAUUUAUAACUUUGUUUAUUAUAAAAUUGUUACCCUAGUAUGAAUUAAAAAGAGGGAGUAAGCUCCAAAUUUCCAUUCAUACAGUUUUAACUUAUUUUUGGCUAAAGUAAAAACAUUCCCGGACCCAAAACCCCGGUGUAUGUAUGUAUCAUUUUGAUUAAUUUUCUCGUACCGUCGUAUUUAGACAUUUGAUUGGAUUAUCGUUGGAUGGUCCAACCAACAUUAUGUUGUAUAGAAGACAUGUGUUUACAUACUCUGAGGCCUUUUUUAAGAAAUCUGAAGCUGACCGGCUAGUAAUAAGCAUAUCGCUUGUAAAAGACUUUCUUAUAUAAUAAGUUCUUCAACAACACCGUUAUCACACAACGAAGUAUCCGCAUAUUUUCGGUCACUAAAUUGCUCGAUUAUGAAGUUACAGAAUAAGAUUUCAAAGAACAACCAGAAUAAACGAUAUUCUUGCUAAAACCGAAAAUACUUGAAAACAUUGUUAGAAUUCUUUGUUAUUAGUGAUAUAAAUGAUGGUAAAAAUUGUGAAUUAAGGACCUAAACCAAAUAAGGCCCAUAGUUGUUUUAUUUUCUAUUGUUCUUAUGUUUAAUAUUAACUUGCAGUUUUGUCUAUGGAUAGCGGAUAUGGACGCAUAAUUUGAACUCAUUCACACUAAUUAAAGUAAAAAAAAUUUGAAGUUAGCACGUUUAAGAACCGGGCCUUAUUUGGUGCGGGUCUAUAUACAUUAGGUAUGUGAAUUAUUGAUGGAGAUUGAACAAAAACAAAUGCUUGCGAGCAUAAUUAGUGUGUAUGAUAUUGUGUAACAUGGUCAGUAAACCCGAAGACAUACAAAACAGAUCCCAACACAAUUUCACUCAAAUCCGAAAAACUUUGUAUCAUCUCUCACUCGAGAAAAAGUAAAGGGUCAUAACUGAAAACCUCGUCGAUUGUUGGUCCGUCUAUUGGUCUCUAUAUCGCUCGAUUUACCUCGUACGGCCUUACGGUGGGCCUUACGAAAUUAAGCAAGAGUGAUAGAUGAACGACCGACGAGGUUACCCUUAAACAUUCAAUUUGAUGUGCUGUAUUAAAAUAUAAGCAGAUGUGUAUACCUACUCUGUAUCUUUAGGUAUUUAAAUAUAAGUAAACAAAAUCUACCCUCAAAUGGUAAUUGGUUAAGCAAGUUGAGGGUAGAUAAAAACAUUACACGAUCAAUGUAGGUUAGUCAGGUCGUUCAGUGAGAGAUCCAGAUGGUUUUGUAUUUAGUUAGUUAACCAAUCAGUGUUUUAACUACCUGAAAAUGUACAAAUUGUUUGUUUACUUUUAUUUAAAUACCUAAAGAUACAGACUAUAUUAUGAGGGCUCGUCUAAGCUAACUUAGCACCGAUUUCAAUAGAACACAGUGAGGGAAUGUGGAAACGUCAUUUUUUCAUUGAAAUUUGGCAUUAAUGAUGUCAUAACCACACUAUGUCAUUUCAAAUGCCAUGCAGAAUUAUCUUGGUCCCAUUGUACAAUUAUUUGGAAGAUUUUGUUUGAACGGAAUCAUGAAAGGACACCAAUAAUUUUAAGCAAUGUACUCGUAAUUGUUGAAAAGACCUGUUUUUACUUCUAAGCUUAGUGUUUCAACGUUUGAACAAAUAUUGCGAGUGGAUUAUAUCAUUAAUAUAUUUUAGUUAUAAGCUAAUCGACGAUAUAAGAAAUAUAUCUUAGAAUAUCGUAAGUUAAGAAAGUUUGUUAUUUUUGUUCAAAUCUAUUUAUCGUUUGAAACCAAAGAUUUAUUGAUGAUAAUGAUUUUAUAUUUUAAUUUUUUUCUUAUAUCUUUUAGUGCCUUUUGAUAAAAAAUAUAUAAAAUAUAUUAUAUGAAAAGAUGGUCGAGAAUUCAUUUGGAUAAAUAAUUAGGGGCCUUAUAUUUGGAUUUCUAUGAUCUAAGAUCAGAAAUUAUGAUAUAUUAAAAAAAAAUCCUAAAGUAGGUACUACAGAGUAGUUACAUCAAGUUAUCACCAAACUUCGGAAAUUUUAUAGCAUUUUCGGUGCAGCGGAGUGGUGUUAACGGAAUUGGUAUAAACAAUUUCAACUAAGCUUUAAUUGCGUUAAUAUUAACCUUAAUAUUACCAUUUCAGCUGGAAUUAUCUAUACCAAUUCCGUUGACACCAGUCCGCUGCACCAAAAAUGCUAUAAAAUUUAUGAUGUCUGGUUCUCACUUAUCACUUGCUUGUCUAUUUUUUUCGACUAAGUACGGCAAAAUAAAAAUCCCUAUUCUUAUUGCCCGUAAGGCCCGUCCUUAAAUAUAUGUCAAUGGGCGGCGGGUAGCUUCUUAUGACUCUUAACAUCCUAAACUAGUAGGUAUUUAAAAUAAAAGAGGUUAAAAGAAACAACAAUAUAGCAAACUCUUUACGACUUUUAUUUAAAGUUUCAUCUACAGUUUAAUAGCACGUGACACAUCAAAGUACUUUACAGACGAUACUCAAUCACUUAUACAUUUCACGAAUCCAUCAAUAAACAAAAUUUAUAUUAUAA